CAAAUAUAAGCAAACAAUUUUCAUGUAAAUAAAUUAUACAAAUAUGAAACCCCUCAAAUUAUAUUCAUGUCUGUCUCAAGAUCAAAAUUAGAUUCCAAAAGCACAUUCCCAUAUCUCAAAGCUCACCCUUUUUUGUUCAACACAUUUCCACAUUUUAUUCCCCUUUCAAAUUCGUGUUUAUCCUCUGUAACUUGUCGAAUCAAAUUCACCUUAAUUACCAAGUAGAUUUCGAAAAAAAAAAUUGCAUAUGAAAUUUGGGAAGGAGUUCAGGAUCCACCUGGAGAAAACCCUGCCCGAGUGGAGGGACAAGUUCCUGUGCUACAAGCUGUUGAAGAAGCUGCUCAAGCAUUAUCCGGCCGCCGCCGUCGCCGUCGAUCUGCCGCGGGACGCGCGUCGGCUUCCGGCGCUUCAGGGCUGGUUCGUGGCGAUUCUCUACGAGGAGCUGGAGAAGUUCAACGAUUUCUACGUCGAGAAGGAGGAGGAGUUUAUAAUCCGCUUCCAGGCACUUAAGGAAAGGAUUGAGCGAGUGAAGGAGACUGAGUUUAGUGAAGAAAUGAUGAAGAUACGCAAAGACUUUGUCGCCAUUCAUGGAGAGAUGGUUCUUCUCAAAAGCUACAGCUCCCUCAACUUCGCAGGCCUUAUAAAAAUUUUGAAGAAAUACGACAAACGAACAGGAGACUUGCUGAGCUUCCCUUUCACCCGUCUCGCCUUCCACCAGCCAUUCUUCACGACUCAACCACUCACACGAUUAGUCCGCGAGUGUGAAGAGAAACUCGAGAUCCUAUUCCCAAUCGAACCAGAGGUGAUCGAAUCAAAUCCUCUCGUUCAGGAUCAAAUAGCAGCUGCUAUACCUCCUGCCGACUUGCCAAACACGCCCUUAGAAUCGGCAUUAUCGUUUGGGGAAGAAAAAACAGUGGGCAUAUACAAGAGCACCCUUGCUGCAAUAAACGCUAUACAGGGUUUGAAAAAGGCUAGCUCGACUUAUAAUCCCAUGUCCAUGUCAUUUCUGUUCGGGAGCCAGCUGGACAGCGAGUGUACAGGUGGCGUGACAGCUCAAAACUCGCCUUGCAAUUCUUUCGUCCGGUUGCAUGACGAGGAGAAUGAAAAUGAAGAUAUUUGUUCAGGCUAAUAAAUCUAAUCCUUCUUUUUUU